UUGUAUCAAAUAUUAAACACGCACAGUCAUCUCGCAAAAAAAAAUAUAUACUAUGUAUCAAUGAUUUAAGAUAAUUGCGAUAUGAAUCACACUACCUCGCUUAUACACGAAUGCAAAAAUCUUUCAUUGUGUGAUUGCAUUUAUUCUAAUCAUAAUCUUGACGUGUUUAUGCCACAUAUGAAAGGAUAUUCUAAACAUAGUUAUAUUUGUACAUAUGUAUAUAUGCACAUGUGCACAUAUCGCACAAAGUUCUGACAAAGAAACGAGUGGUACGGAUUCAAACUAGAAAUGUAGAGCAUAUUUUGUUUAUCAAGAGUUCCUAAAUACAGUUGUCAAACAAAGCCACUGCAAGACAUAUCAAUGAGCUCUCAUCAACGGUUUUAUCAGGCAUUCUGUUGCAUAAAGCAAUUAUUUUGCAAGUGAAUAUUACAGAGAAACCGAUGGAUUGUGCUAUUACAGGAUGGAGACGUUAUAUAUUGGUUCAACCACCUGCGAUGCUACUGGUGCUCGCUAUGUCAAUGUCAAGUACUAUCUUGACAGAUCUGAUAGUAUACCGUACAUGCAUUGUAACAUUGGGAAUAAACAAAACAGAAUGCCUGAUACUUCACAAUAAUAGUAGCAGCGAGGAGGCACUUAGAAUAGAUACAAAAGUGCAACCACAGGCAAGUUUAAUUCUGAUGAGUAAAUCCUUUGUUGAAAGUAUUUUUCCUUCGCUCUUAUCUUUGUUUCUGGGACCAUGGAGUGAUAAAUAUGGAAGGAAACCUGUUAUACUUUCAGGAUAUAUAGGUAUAUCUUUAAGUUAUCUUCUGCUCUCUAUAAUGGCUAAUUGGGAGGUUGUGCCUUGGUAUUUUUUAAUAGCUUAUAUCCCUAUGGGUUUCCUGGGUGGUAUAAGUAUAUCAAUGUUAGCUUCAUUUUGUUAUAUCACUGAUAUAACUAAUAAUAAUGAACGGGCAUGGCAUUUGGCCUGGUUAGAUGCAUUAAUUUCUCUUGGUUUGCUAGUCGGAUUAUUGUCCGGUCCGACAAUAUAUAAAACAUAUGGAUAUACUGCUGUGUUCAGUGUUGCGACUGUGCUGUGUACUAUUGCAACAUUAUACAUAUUAUUUAUUCCAGAGACCAUACAGAGUCAUACUUCUGGUAUCUAUGACAUAUUUGAUUUUAUACUUGUGAAAGAUCUUAUUAAUACAUGUAUCAGAAAAAGAGAUGGAUUCGAUAGAACAUUAGUUUGGAGCUGCAUAGCUUGUCUUACAUUACUCUUAAUUACCUUUGAAGGUACUCUUGCUAUCGGAUAUUUAUUUGCGAGUGCGCGACUUGGUUGGACUGUAAAUCAGUUCUCUAUUUAUGUAGCUACAAAUGUUGUGAUAGGAAUCCUCGGUACGAUAUUUGGUGUUAAAGUAAUACGAAGAUGCACAGGAUUUCCAGAGGCAGUAAUUGCAAUAAUAUCCGUUACAUCGUCUCUUUGUACUGCCUUAGUGUGUGCUUUUACAUGGCAAUCCUGGCAUAUGUAUCUAUCAAUAGCUGUAGGUAUAUUUGGUGAUUUAUCUCGACCAAUGAUACGUGCCAUAUUAUCUAAAGCAGUACCUGAGAGGGAUACAGGGAAAGUUUUCUCUCUAGCAACAUUUCUAGAGACACUGUUACCAUUUGCUGCAGCUUCCUUAUAUACUUUUCUUUAUUCUCACUACAUGCCGCCUUUGUAUCCUCUGCCAGUGUGGUUUUUAUCAGCAGUAUUUUACGUCAUAACAAUUAUAAUAUUGAUAUAUAUUCAGAUAUAUAUGAAACGCAAUAUUAUAUCUUUCACCCCAAUAAUAGAAGAUAAUGAUUCAACUUGUUAACAUUUAUUGAACAAAAUCAAAUAUGAAUGUUUAUUUCAAGAUAAAUGAAGUAAUCAGCUGAUAAUGAAAAUAUAA